UAUCAGAUGAUUGCAUAAGUUCGUGCCCGAUUUUCAGAUAGAUGGGGUUAACUUACUGCGUGGCGGAGCUCCGGUGUUUUUGUGUGGUUAUAUUGCAUGCACUGAAUAGGUGACAGUGUCUUGUGUCACUUUAGCGUCAGGCAUCGUUCAGAUAAGUCAAUUUGUGCGUAAGAGAAAUUUUUAAAAAUGGAGAACGAAAAGGUGCAUUUGCGGCAUGUAAUGCUAUACGAAUUUCGGAAAGGCGUGAGUGUUGGGACUGCACAAACAAACAUUCAGAGCGUUUAUUUGGACCGUGCUCCUGCUCUCCGGACAGUUAAAAAGUGGUUUGGCAGAUUCCGAAAUGGUGAUUUCAACUUGGAAGAUCAACUCCGCUCUGGAUGGCCUUCUGGCAUUGAUGACGACAUUGUGUGUGCCUUAGUGGAAGAAAACUCAAGGAUUACAACUGAAGAGAUUGCUGAGAGGCUGAAAAUUGAUAAUUCGACCGCGUUUCGCCAUUUAAAAAAGUUUGGAUACGUUUCCAAGCUCGAUACAUGGGUGCCGCAUCUCUUGACUGAAAGGAAUAAGCUGAACCGCAUGAAUGUGGCCAUUUCUCUCCUCGCACGUAACAAAAAAGAGCCUUUUUUGAAUCGAAUGAUAACAGGCGAUGAGAAGUGGAUUCUGUACAACAACGUACAGAGAAAGAGGACCUGAAA